AUGGAGUUCAUGACCGCCCUCCGGGGCUCUUUCGACGACCAGAAACCCUCCCUCUUCGAACUCCUGUCGGAGCAGCAGCUCAACUCCCUCCUCCCACCCACGAUCCGCUACCUCCUCACCGUCGCGACCCAGCGCUACCCGCGCUACCUCCUCCGCGCCCUCAACUCCUUCGACGAAUUGUACGCGUUGUGUAUGCUCGUCGUCGAGCGCCACUAUCUCAAAACCCGCGGCGGCAGCUUCACCGAGCACUUUUACGGCCUCAAGCGCGAAAAGGCUCUGCACGCAGAGAUCCCGCGCGCCAGCGCCAGCGCCCCGAACGUCGUCCGAGACACGCUCAAGUUGAGCUCGAAGGAUGUUUGGAUGAACUUGGCCGUCAUGGUGGGAAUACCCUAUCUCCGCCGCAAGCUGGACGAGGGUUACGAGAUCAACGCUCCCCGCGCGCUGCUGGGCGCCGCGUAUACCCAGAUGCCGCCGAACCCGACGCUGAAGCAGAGGUUUUUACACUAUUACCGCUGGUUUCUGCGAAACAUCUACCCGAGCGUCAAUGCGGCGUACUACUUCGCCCUGUUGUCCUUCAAUCUCGCGUAUCUUUUCGACAACAGCAAGUAUCACAACCCGUUCAUGUGGCUCAUCGGCACCCGCGUGCGGCGCAUGACGGGGGCGGACUACCAGGCCAUUGACGCCCUGACGAGCGCCAAGCCGGCAAGGGGCGGCGCGCCCCCGGGCUGGCGCUCGCUGUUUUCACCGCGGGAGAUGGGUCCACGGUUGCUGGGCAGCUUGUCUAUGCUACUGCCCAUGAGCAUCUUUGCACUCAAGUUUUUGGAGUGGUGGCACGCCUCGGACUUUGCGAAGCAGCUCUCCCGCAAGGCGACAGAGACGCUGGACCUCCCGCCACCCGUCGUCUCGGGAGUGACAGGCAAGGGAGCAGUCGCCAAGGGCGCGGCGACGGAGAAGGACAAGGGCAAAGACAAGGCCGGCGGUGAGGAGGAAGCGGCUGUCCCGGCCGCGGAGACAGCGCCCAUUGCGACGCCCUCCCUACUGCCUAUUUACACGGUGCCCGGACCCGAGGACUCCGGGUUGUGUCCUGUCUGCGAGCAGCCCAUUGUUACGCCAACAGCAUGCCAGACCGGCAUUGUCUUCUGUUACACAUGCAUUCAUCGCUGGAUAGAGGGUGUUCAUCCCAAACAGGAGGAUUUCAUGGCCGACAAGGAAGGGAAGUGGGAGAGCGGGCAGGGACGGUGCGCGGUCACUGGCCGACGCGUGCUUGGUGGCACGGAGGGUUUGCGGAGGAUCAUGGUGUAA